AUGCUGGGAGGUCUGGGGAAGCUGGCUGCCGAGGGCAUGGCCCAUCGCACUGAGAAGGCCACCGAGGAAGUUGUUCACGUUGUGGAAGGCGUGGUGAAGGAAGUGGUGGAGCACGCCAAGGAGGCUGGAGAGAAAGCUAUUGGCGAUGCCUUAAAGAAAGCUCAGGAGGCAGGAGGCAAAGUGGCGAAAGAAGCCUCUGAGACGGUGACCAACACAGUUAGCAACGUUGUCACACAUGCGGUGGAGGGUCUGGGCAAAAUGGGGCAGUGA